AUGAUGAAGAUGGCUGAAAUCCGUCGCAAGCUCGUCAUCGUGGGUGAUGGUGCCUGCGGCAAGACCUGUCUCCUGAUUGUCUUCUCCAAGGGCACUUUCCCUGAGGUCUAUGUCCCCACUGUAUUCGAGAACUACGUUGCCGAUGUCGAAGUCGAUGGCAAGCACGUUGAAUUGGCUCUUUGGGAUACGGCUGGUCAGGAAGACUAUGACCGUCUCCGUCCUCUGUCCUACCCAGACUCGCAUGUUAUCCUGAUCUGCUUCGCAAUCGACUCGCCAGAUUCUCUGGACAACGUGCAGGAGAAGUGGAUUUCUGAGGUUCUCCACUUCUGCCAAGGUCUUCCUAUUAUCCUCGUCGGAUGCAAGGUGGAUCUCCGUGACGACCAGAAGACCAUUGAUGAGUUGAGCAAGACCUCCCAGAGGCCGGUUACCUACGAGCAGGGUGAGGAGGUUCGCAAGAAGAUCGGAGCCUACAAGUACCUGGAGUGUUCCGCCCGGACCGGCUACGGUGUCCGUGAAGUCUUCGAAACUGCAACCCGUGCCGCUCUGCUGAGCAAGCCCACCAACAAGAAGAAGAAGUGCAGGAUCCUGUAA